AUGAUUGAUUUUGCUGACACUGAUACGUCAUCAAGUGCGCGUACGUGUCGUACAACACAUCACAUUGAUGUGAAUGAUGAAGUGGCCAGUAUCACUACACACAUCGUUAUCGACAUGCUUGUUAUCAUCAUUAUUAUUGUUAACAUCAUCACUACUACAACUAUCACCACAUCACUACCUACUACUCAGAAAAUGCCAGCACUCACAGCAAUGCCUCGAUGCUUUCUUCACGCUCCUGACGGUCGUCUACUGGGCAAUUGCAUCGAUUAG